AUGAGGCAGGGACGUGGUGGCCAACGUAGUAAAAAAUCUGGAUGCAGUAGACGGGGUGGAGGAGCUGGAGGUGGCAGUGUUGGCGGAGCUGGUAAUGCAGGAGGUGGCUCAGCUGUAGCUUUAGCUGCAACUCUAGUAGAUGAUGGUAUAGGUGGCGGCGGUGUGCCUGGAGGACCUGGAGGCUCAGCAGCGGCCGCCGCUGCCGCAGCUGCUGCAGCUGCAGCAGCAGCAGCUUCUUCGUGGAAAACUGGUGGAGGUCCAGGAGGACCAGGCAGUGGUCCUGGAGAUCCGUUUAGCAUGGGAUAUGGUGGUGGCCCUGGAGGACCUGGAAGUGGUGGUCCAUACCAGCAACAUCAUCAACAGCAAGGUCACCAGUCCCCAUCAUUGUUCCAUCAGCAACAAGGAUCUCCCGCUCCUGGAGGUGGCCCUUACGGUGGCGGUGGUGGUGGCAACAGUACUCCUCAACAUCAACAACAGCAACACUACAGCCCAUCAACACCCGGUGGUGGUGGGUCUUCAACUCCUGUACCUUAUGGUGGUGGACCAGGUACACCAAACAGCCAGCAUGGAGGUGGCGGCGGACCAUUUAAUGGUGGUGGUGGUGGAGCUCAGAUGCCUUUUGGAUCACCAUCUUCAGUCAGUUCUGGUGGUGGAGGAUUCGGUAGCGGUGGCCCUGGAAGCAAUCGCCCCGGUUCUGGACCUCCGCCUCCUCAACAAUCACCAUUCGGUGGUCAACAAUUUUAUGGUGGUAGUGGUGGUGGCCCCAUGCCUCCUGGAUCACCAUUUAGCCAACAACAGCAGAUGAUGAAUCAUCAUGGCGGUGGUGGUGGAGCUGGCGGAGGAAUGAUGAAUGCCGCAGACGCACCUGGUCGCAUGAUGGUUGAUCAUCCAUCGUGUUUCCCAUCGUCAAUGGUAGGAGGACCCAGUGGACCUGGUGGUGGUGGUGGUGGUGGGGGUGGUCGCCGAGGAUACGGUGGACCCGGGGGAUAUGGUGGUGGACCACCUGGUCAUCAUGGUGGUGGACCACCAGGACAUCAUGGUGGUAGCGUGUUAGGAGGUCCGCACGGUGGACCUCCAGGACAUUUAGGCGGUGGCGUGCACCAUAGUGGUCCUUCAGGACACCACGGAGGACCACCCAGUGGCCCUCCACAUCAUGGUGGUGGUGGACCUCCAGGCCACCAUGGAGGUCCUCCACACCAUGGUGGCCCACCUGGAAGUGGGCCCCAUGGUGGACCUCCUCACCCACAUGGCGGCGGUGGACCACCACACCAUGGAGGUGGUGUCCCACUUCAUCCACACGGUGGAGCAGGAGUUCCACCACAUGGGCCACCACAUCAUCCACAUGGCCCUCCGCAUCAUGGUGGUCCGCAUGGACCUCCACCACCUCCACACCCACACCCACCACAUGCACAUCAUGUGCAGCCUGAUUAUCGGAUAUUUGAAUUAAAUAAAAGGCUGCAAAAUCGUAAUGAGGACAGUGACAAUGUAUGGUGGGACCAGUUCGCCACCGAGUUUUUUGAAGAUGAUGCCACGUUAACACUGACAUUUUGCUUAGAAGAUGGUCCUAAGCGAUACUCUAUAGGACGGACCCUUAUUCCUAGAUACUUUAGGUCAAUAUUUGAGGGUGGAGUUACUGAUCUGUAUUAUCAUUUGAGAGCUAAUGCCACCAAGGAGUCAUUUCACAAUACCAGUCUUACUCUGGACUGCGAUCACUGUACCAUGGUAACCACACAUUUGACUUCAAGCCCAGGUGGCGGGCCGCCGUCUUCCAUUGCUCAGUCGCCAGGACCUGGUGGUCCGGGUAGCGUCGGAGGAGGACCCCCCGCAUCACUAAAUGGUGGUAUUGGAAUGCAGAAAUCUUUGGUGGCUCAGGGUCCUCCGUCAUCACAGCAAUCUGUGCUUGGUGGCGGUGGACCGAUGGGUGGUGCAGGAGGACCUCCAUCACCGCCCGUAUAUACCAGGGUGUGCACUGAGGGUAGGCUAACGUUGGAAUUCACGUAUGAUGAUAUGAUGCGUAUUCGGACGUGGCAUUUAGCAGUUAGGCAACACAGGGAAUUGGUUCCAAGGUCGUCUGCAGCCGCAGCUGUUGCGGCGGUUGUUAUGAUGCAGCAAGGAGGACCUGGAAGUGGUGGUGAUGGAGGUCCACCAGGUGGGCCCCCACCACCUAAUGCUGAAAUCGUUCACCAACAAGUGGCAAAAAACAUCACACGACAGGGCAUUACUAAUUCGACGCUCAAUUACCUGAGACUAUGCGUCAUAUUGGAACCCAUGCAAGAACUUAUGUCUAGGCACAAAGCUUAUGCGCUCAGUCCUAGAGACUGUCUGAAGACUACUCUAUUUCAAAAGUGGCAACGUAUGGUAGCACCACCAGAAUCACAGAGACCAGCCAACAAAAGGCGCAAACGCAAGGGCAGUAACUCUGGAGCUGGUGGAGGUCCACCAACCACACUCGGUGGUGGUGGACCUGGUGGCGGACCAGGUGGUGGGCCAACUGCUGCGUCAAAGAAACGGAGCCCAGGACCAAAUGGUGGUGGUGGUGGGGGUGGUGGAGCCGGUGGCGCAGGGUUCAACCUAGCAUCACAGGACGUGAUGGUUGUUGGAGAACCAUCACUGAUGGGCGGUGAAUUUGGAGAUGAAGAUGAACGUUUGAUCACACGACUGGAAAACACCCAGUAUGAUGCUGCAGCCGCGGCAGCUGCUGCUGCUGCCGCCGCUGCUGCUGCAGCUGCAGCUGCUAACUCAGCUGCAGCGUCAGUGAUGGGUGUUGGUCCUGGUGGUCCAGGUUCCGUAGGUUCAGCAGGAGGCAACGAUCUACAACAGCAUAUUGGUGGUGGUGGAGGUGGACCUGGUGGUAUGGGACCAGGUAGUGGAGGUGGACCUGGUGGAAUGGGAUCAGUCAGUGGCGGUGGAGGACCAAUGGGACCCGGAGGUCCAAUGAGUGUUGGUGGACCUGGAGGACAAAUGGGACCAGGUGGUCUAAUGGGUGGCGAUUCUCUAUUUCCACCACCCGGAUCUGGGGCAGAUGGCAGCGCCCCAGGCACGCCGACUGGUGGUAGUGGUGGUGGAGGUGUGGUUUCUCAGUCAUCAUCUUCAAAUAAUCCCAAUGGCCUUCAGCAACAGCAACAAAACUCUUGGGUCACUGGACCACCUAGUAGUGGUGGCAGCGGUGGAGGACCUCCAAGUGGUGGUCAAUCAGGACAAAAUAGUGGUGGUGGACAACAGCAACAGAAUCCUGGAAGUAAUCCUGGAGCCGGAGGUGGAUCAUCUAUUGGAGGUAAUGGAAACCCUGGAAGCAAUGGUGGUCCAAAUAGCGUUGGCGAUUCCAUAUCUGGUGGUGGAGACAAAAAAUCUCCAGCGUCUGCCGCUUCCCAACAACAGCAACAACACAUGGGAUUGUAA